AUGGGACUCACGCAAUAUCUUAUAACGAUGGUCCGCUGGAUUGGACCUCUCACUCAGUAUCCCAAAAAGUUUAUGCACUGGAUUGCACCUGCUCCUAAGAAGUCAGAUGAUGGCCGUGACCAGUGGCCCUCUCGAACAGCUUUCCUGUUGGCCGCUAUGGGAGGCUGCGCGGGCCAGGGAAACUUGCUGCGAUAUCCGUCGGUAGUUUACAACAACUAUGGACUACAGUGGUUUAUCCCCUAUCUACUAGCCGUGUUUGCAAUCGCCAUUCCAGCCCUCAUUCUCGAGAUCGCCAUCGGACAGGCCUAUCGCGGUGGAGCGGUGAUCGCGUUCAAUAACAUCAACAAGCGGUUGAAGGGCGUUGGCCUUGGCCCGGCCUUGGUCAGUUUUGUGGUCGUGCAAUAUUUCACGGUCAACUUGGCAUGGAUCAUGAACUAUUUUCGCAACUCCUUCCGCAGUCCUCUCCCAUGGGAAGGCCAGAUUGAGGAAUUCUACAUGGGCAAUGUCGUCGCAAAUGUCGACCCAGUAUUGGGGAACCUUACUGUAGGCAAUGAUGCCGUUGGCAACUACACUGCUUACCGCGGCGUUGCCUUGAUCGGCGAGACGGUCGGCUGGAGCGCCUUUAUCUGGUUUCUCAUCUGGAUUUCUAUAUUCCGUGGAGUGGGCCUGACAGGCCGUGUUGUCUACUGGACAAUGGGUCUGCCGAUUGUCACAACUAUUAUUAUUGUUGGUCGUUCUUGUUCACUCGACAACGCACGCGAGGGUAUCCGACUUUUAUGGGCAACAUGGAGGGGCGACCAACUAGCCUCUGGGACUGUCUGGCAAACUGCAGUUGGACAGGUCUUUUUCUCCACUGGAAUUGGCUUUGGUUAUUUUACUUCCUAUGCUUCAUACAAUUCGAAACACUCCAAUGCUGUCAUGGACGCCAUUCUUAUCUGUGGGAGUAACGUUUUGUUUGAAAAUUUUGCCGCCUUUGCCGUGUUUGGUGUCGUAGGCUACCUUCGACGUUGGCCACAGGAUGGCGAGAGAUUGGGCGCAUUCGUGGUUGGGUUUUUGACACUCCCGGAGGCUGUGCUUCACAUGCCGGGCGCAAAUUGGUGGGCUGUUCUUCUGUUCUUCACACUGGUCGUCCUUGGGUUUAGUUCCGCCUUUGUUAUGCUUGACGUGGUGGCUACUUUGGCUGUGGACGCUGGCGUGAAAAUGUCACGACCGGCGAUUGUGACUGGUCUCACAGUAAUCUCAUUCCUCAUGUGUUUGCCAUACUGCACCCAGUUUGGGUUCUAUCUCCUAGACGGAAUCGACCGAUGGAUCAAUAACGUGGCCUUGAUAUUUGUUGUGUGGUCAGAACUAGUCGGUGCUACAACGGUAUAUCGGUGGCAUGAUGUGGUGAGCGAAACUGGAUUUCUUGCUUUUGUUCUGUAUAACUUCGGGUACUUCGGUGCCCAGGUCCUUGGAGUCGCAGUUGCACACGGCGUCUCCAGCCCUGCAGCUGGUGCUGGUGCCGGGCUUGGACUGUAUAUUGUGUGUUCAAUAUUUUCAACUCUGGUCGCCACGACCCCAGGUAUCAAAGCUGCCACCUUCUGGGGACGGCACCCACUACUAAGUCGAUUUUGGUAUUUAGCGUUCUACUCUGGUAAUCAGUUGAGACGCGACUUGAAUGGCGUCGUUGGCGGCAAUGGAAACUGGAACAUCCCUCGUUUCUGGCCCGUUCUGCUCCGGUAUGUCAGCGCACCUAUUCUGGCCAUCGUGUUCAGCUUCGCAUAUCCUGAAUUCUAUUCCCUGCGAUAUGACCCAAUGAUGAUCGCUGGAUUCAUUCUGGCUCACUUUUGUUUGCUGUUGAUUCUGGUUGGUGUGGUGUUGCCGCGAUACUACAAUAUUUUCAUUGCGUCUCACCGGAGAGCCGAGGGGACUGAAAUGACGAUCGCCAAUCAGCCCAAAGAGCAAACAUUUAUCCCAGAAGCUCGGGGGUCUGACUUUGAAGAUGGCAUGCCGGGGUCAUCUUGCAGGAUGAGUUCUGACCGGAUACGCCCCGAGGAUACGACGGCAAUGCCGAAGCUUUAG